GAGUGACGAGUAAUGAUGAUCAACGGAAAGGCGGAGAGCAGUUUAAAAGCCAGGACUACCCAAAUCAUGAUUUUGCAAUUGGAAAAUGAUAAUAAAGACAGGAAUGAAUUCCAUGAAGACGGCGAAAAAUGCGAAAAAGGAACAAAUGAUGAUAUCAAUAAAAUUGAGCCUACUCCGGCGGAUUUCGAAACAGCCAUUAGCCAUACGGGUUAUGGCAUUUACAAUAAAAGAAUGCUCGUGUUGUACAUACCUUUAACACUGACUUCGUUGUUCUGCACCAGUUCACCGUCGUUUAUAUUGCCGGCGGUAAGAUGUUACUUCGAUUUGUCGCCUUUGGAAGAGGGCUCGCUGUUCGGAGCUGUUUACGUAGGUAUGGUUUCGAGUGCUUUUGUAUGGGGUUUUCUCAUCGAUACGCUGGGAAGACAAAAAUUAUUAUUCUAUGGCAUACUGUUGAGUGGAAUUAUGGAGUUUCUUUCGGGGCUCGUUCAAAGAUUUUGGGUGUUGGUUGUUCUCAAGUUCUUCUGUGGAGUCGCAACAUGUGGUCCAUAUUCUCUUGCAUUUACUUUUUUGUCUGAAUUCUAUGAUAAAGAACAUCGAGAUAAAAUCGUAUUGUACGCAGGAGGAUUUUCGUCGUUCGCUUUUGUUUUACAACCGCUUGUGGCGUAUUUUUUGAUUCCAAUGGAUAUCAAUUUUCAAUUUUUGAAUGGAAAUCUAAUUAUUGAUAAUUGGAGAGUAUUCCUGAUGACUUGUUCAGUCAUGGUAUUCUUAGCAGCAUUCUUAGUUUAUUCUAUGGACGAAAGUCCAAAGUUCCUAAUGGCAGUCGGUCGCCAUAAAGAAGCUCUACAUGUGUUUCGAAAAAUAUAUUCACAAAAUACAGGCAAUCCACCGGAAUCGUAUCCUAUUAGCAUUUUAAGAUCAGAAAUAUCAGAAGAACAAUCCUUAAAAUCUAUGCCAUCAAUAUCUGUUACAAAGUUUAUAAGAAAAGGAUGGAUCCAAAUAAAACCUUUUUUUUUACAACCAUAUUUAACCCCGUCAUCAUUGACAUUCUUGUUGCUAUUCAUGACAAUGUUAACAUUGAACACCUUUCGAUUAAGACUGCCAAAUAUGUACGCAACAAUUAUUGCAGCCAAAGGUGACCAUACAGUAUGCGAAUGCAGGACAUCAACUAACGUUACUUACACUGCAGCAUGUAGAGGGACUCUCGCUCUAGUCGAUCCAGAAAUCUAUAUCAAAUCUAUGAUUGUUGGAUCAGCAGUUUUUAGUAUGUUUUGGGUCGCCAUAUUCAUUACAAAAUACAUGGAUAAACAUUAUAUAUAUAUAUGUUUUUCAAAAGAAUUCACGCCUCUGCGGGGAAGACACGGGACAGGAAUGUUGUAUUGCCGCGAUUACACUUUAACAAGCGUUUUAGAUGCCAAAACAGUGAAUAAAAAAAAAAAAAAACAACUGCCUAUGAAUGCCAUUUAA